CUCCCACUCUGCCCGCCUGCCUGCAUUCAUAAACGGAUAUGAUAAAGCGGCGCUGAACAUACCGGAGCGGCGACGACCAUGGCGGAAGAGGACGACGCGAGGAUUCGGAUUCUACAGAGCCUGCGUGGGAAAAUAUGUGAAGCUAAAAACCUGGGUCCGGUCUCCGGUCCAAACCGACAAAGGGAUCUCUGCACUUUUUGCACCAUCAGUUUGGAUCAGGAGGAGGUGUUUCGAACUAAGAUGUUUGACAAAAGUGUCAGCCCCUUCUAUGGUGAGGACUUUUACUUUGAGAUUCCUCGGUUUUUUCAGUGUUUAUCAUUCUACAUUUAUGCCAAGAGUGUUUUCCAAAGAGAUUUACCAGUUGGGAAAGUGUCAAUCAGAAAGGACGACCUGUGUGAAUAUAAAGGGAAGGAACACUGGUUUAGUCUUCAGCCAGUAGACCCUAACUCCGAGGUCCAGGGUAAGGUUCAUCUGGAGAUGAGACUUAACGAAGUGAUCACAGAGAACGGCUCAGUGGGUCAACACUUACUUGUGCGGAUAAUAGAGUGCCAGGGAUUGCCUCUUAUCAGUGGGCAGAUUUGUGACCCGUAUGCCACAGUUUCACUCGUAGGACCUGCUAGGUCCGACCAAAAGAAAACAAAAGUCAAGAAGAAAACCAGCAACCCUCUUUUUGAAGAAACCUUCUUCUUUGAGGUUACACGAUCCAGCAGCUACUCCAAAAAGUCACAUUUCCAAGUGGAGGAAGAGGACAUUGAAAAACUUGAGAUCAAAGUUGAUUUGUGGAAUAAUGAGAAUCUGGCUCAGGAUGUGUUCCUGGGGGAAACGCGGGUUCAUGUCAAGAUCUUGAGAAAUAAUCACAUCCACAAAGCCUGGUAUCUGCUCCAACCUAAAGGGAAUGGCAGCAAGUCAAAGUCUGAUGACUUGGGAUCCUUGCGUUUAAAGCUGGCCUACAUAGAAGACACGGUGCUGCCACCUGCCUGCUACACACCACUCUGCAACCUCUUGCUCAAAUCUCCUGACGUCAAGCCCAUCUCGGCUUCAGCAGCACACAUCCUAGGAGACAUCUGCAGAGAGCGAUACGAGGCCGUUCUGCCCACAGCUCGACUUCUCCUGCACCACAAUCGUUUUGUGCCUUUCGUGUUGGCUGUGGCAGCGUUGGAGUUGGACAACACUCAGGAGGCUAACACUAUUUUCCGUGGCAACUCACUGGCAACGCGCUGCCUUGAUGACAUGAUGAAGAUCGUGGGGAAGAAUUAUCUUGCUGUUACUCUGAAGCCUGUGAUUGAUGAGAUUUGUGAAUCGAAUAAAACGUGUGAGAUUGAUCCCAAUAAACUAAAAGAAGGGGACAAUGUGGAGGUUAACAAGGAGAAUCUACAGGUUUAUGUCCAGAAAGUCUUCUCCUCUAUCACACAAUCCGGUGCCAACUGCCCUCCUCUCAUGUGUGCUGUCUUCAGGUCAUUAAGACACCUAGCCUGCAAACGUUUUCCAGCUGACCCUCAUGUCCAGUACUCCGCUGUAAGCAGCUUUGUGUUCCUGCGCUUCUUUGCUGUUGCUGUUCUUUACCCACACUCCUUCCAGCUCCGCUCCCAUCAUCCUGACCCUGAGAUUUCCCGCACACUCACUCUCAUCUCAAAAACCAUCCAGACUCUGGGCAGCUGGGGCAGUUUGUCCAAAAAACUGUCUAGUUUUAAAGAAUCAUACAUGUAUGACUUCUUCAAAUCAUUCCAAGAAGAUAAGUGCAUUGAAAAGGUUAAAAAGUUUCUAGAUGAAAUAUCUUCAAACAUCUCUAAAGAGUCGAGGGCACUGGAGGACGCAGUGGUUCUGAAAGAAGGGGAAGUACAGAAACGGGCUCAGGGGAGAAAACGGCUUGGCAAGAAAAACUUUAAAAAGCGAUGGCUUCGAGUGACCAACAGAGAACUCUCCUAUCACAAACAUAAAGGAAAAGAGCCCCUCUGUAUCAUUAAUGUGAAAAACAUCCAGGCAGUGGAGAAACUGGAUGAAAGUGCCUUUAACCGUAAAAAUAUGUUCCAGGUGGUCCACAAUGAGAAGCAGCUGUAUGUGCAGGCAGGAAACUGUGUGGAAGCCUGUGAGUGGCUGGAUGUCCUGGGCCAAGUGAGUCGCUGUAAUGAGUGUCGCCUGGCCACUUUUCAUCCAUCCAACUACAGUGCUGGAUCCUGGCAAUGCUGCAAUAGCCAAACGAGCAGUGUGCCUGGUUGUAAACCCUGCACCAUCACCAUGCAGGCCAACCUGCAACUGGACAUCGACUGCGACCGGGAAACGGAGAGGAUUUUCUCCCUCCUUUCUGCAAACGAUACCAAGCUUCAGAACAUGGAAGACGCGUGUGCCAGCAUGGCAGUGUACCAAGGCCCCCAGCGGGAGCAGGAGGAAUACUCCAAGUUCGUUAUCCAGGAACCCAAAGAGACCUUUCAGACGCUCAAACAGCUCCGAAACAUCAUGGUGGAACUUCAGCGGCAGCACGAGGUCAGAGGCGACAUCACGGCGCAGUACGGCAGCCUAGACAACCCAAUAGUGGGAAAAACCUCCUAACCGGGCCCAGGCCAGUUGGUGAGAGAAGACACCAGAGACACAGGUGGAUGAGUCCGAGAUGAAGCCCGCCAUGUUUCCCCCCCCCCCACCCCAAGGAGAAGACGCUAACUCUCAGUCAGCCUGGAAGUUUUGAGAACCUAACAAGGAGCGACAUCGUCACACACCCGAGUCCCGUCGAUCCUUUUAUAACGAGCCUCCCUCCUCGUCGUUCAUGUCCACAUAUGUGUGAGUAGGCUGCUAUUUUUUUUAUUUUAUUCACCCUGUUUUUAGGUUUAUGGAGGAUCUUGAAGUGGGGCCGCCCUGAACACUAUUGAUGUUUUUGCAUCUCCCCCCCGCCCCCUUGAACACACGUUUCUAUUUAAGAAGCCAAUCUGCCUUUUUUGGAUCUUCUUUCACAUGAAAACGCUGAGGGAAUAAAUCAUGCAGAAGCACUUUAAUAUUUCUCUAAAUGAGAAAGUGAUUACUAGAUACUUGGUAUCCGCUUUCCCCAUUUCGAUCAGUUACAUGAUCCUGGUUUUGUCUUGUCCCCCCCUGUACAUUUGUUGUUUUGAAGAUAUUUUCCUGACCAAAGACAAUUUCAUAGCUUUUGACUUGAAAAGCAAACUAAUGUAUUUUGAAUACGACUAUUUUAAAAGUGAAAACAAAUCUAUAUAUUUGUUGAACGCAUAUGUUAUUUCUAACAUAUCUUUUUUCAUGACUUGAGGCGGGCAGACAGCGUGGAUGCGAGUUCAAAACCCGUUAUUUGGCAAAGCUUUAUGAAGGAAAUCCAAACUCUUGAUAAAGGAAAUGCAGACAAUCCCAGGAAUGAACGCAUGCCAGUAAAGACAAGAACAGAACAGACAAACGUCUUUAAAGGGAAGCAAAUCCUAAUAUGUUUAAAAAGCACACUUUCUUUGCCAGUAAAUUAAGGCCAACUUGUGGUUAUAGUUCUAUUUAUACGCCAUUUCCAAACGGACAGUUGGUAAAAGCACCAGCCUUCCACCAUUCCACGUGUUGAUACAUGUCUUUUUUGUUCUCUCACUGCUUUUAAUCAACCUGUGUUGAAACUUGAACCUUUUCUUUUGUUAUUGUUGUUGUUCCAUGCAUAUUUGUAACACACUUCUUGUGUAUUCGUUUUUGUAUGUUUUCAGCUUUGAACAAGUCAGCCUUUUAUUAGCACCCGCGGAACAGCGCUCAGUGUUGCCAGAUGGGAAACGACAAAUUGUCAUACUAGAAGCGUAAAAGGAUCGUAUCUUGAGGAAGAUUGUCGUACGUACCCAAAUUUACAUUGCUCAGCACCAUCUGUUACAGUAAAGUAUUAAAAACAUUACCACAGACAGUGUACCAUAUUUCCCGGACUAUAGAGCGCACCAAUAUUUAAGCCGCACCUACCAAAUUUUAGAAGAAAUAAAUAUGUUUACAUAUAUUGGCCGCACCAAACUAUAAGCCGCAGAUAUAUACAGGUACAAAAGAUUUUGUAAAUAUGAAUUUACAUAUCUUAAUUUUUUCCAAAUGGUGCUUGUCACAGGGCUGAUAAAACGAAACAGAAAUCAUCAUCAUGGACCCACUAGCUGUGCAAGCUAGCUCUCUAAUCAGCUAAACAGACUCAAUAACUCCACGGUGACGUUAUAGUAAAUUUAGUGAGGGAUUUGUGAAACUAAAGCAAUACACAAAUAAUGCCUUUUUAAGUUAAUAAUACUAAAAUCAAAAAAACAAAUACAAAUAUGCAUGAAAACACUCCUACAGACAUCAAACAUGGGACUGUUUAGUAAGAAUUGUUUUAGUUAUAUUGUAAAACUUACAAAUGUUAAAAUUAGGGUAUUGGCAAGGACAUCACGAUAUGUAUCACAAUACGAUAUGUAUCACGAUAGGAUAACAGUUUUGUGAUUAAAAGGUGGAAUAUGUAGAGGCGGGGAAAAAUAUCAAUAUAGCAAUAUAUUGCGCUACUUUUUCUAACGAUAGAUAAUUUUAGAUGUUUUUUUAAAUUAUUUUUUUCUUUAAGUCAAGUUUUGGGGCGAUUGUAACUCAAGGAUGACUUGCGUACCUCUGCAUCAUAUUGUAUUGCGAUAUAUUCUAUUUUACAUAGUUCUGUGAUAAAUUUAAAGUACUGCUUAAAAUACAGUUUGUAUACCAGUUGACAGUAAUUAUUCAUUUAACAAACUGAGUCCGAAAACAUAGUAAUUUAAAUGAUCCAUUCACAUUUAUUGCAAUUGUACAGAUAUCAAUCAAUCAAUCAAUCAAUGUUUAUUUAUAUAGCCCUAAAUCACAAGUGUCUCAAAGGGCUGCACAAGCCACAACGGCAUCCUCGGUUCAGAUCCUACAUAAGGGCAAGGAAAAACUCAACCCAGUGGGAUGUCAAUGAGAAUGACAAUGAGAAACCUUGGAGAGGACCGCAGAUAUGACUUCUUGUACUGCCUUGCUCACCACUAAGCCUGCACAGCGGGGUAGCAACAGCAACGGAAUGGGGGAAUGGGGGUGCGCAAGUCGUCCUUGAGUUACAAUCGACCUACAAGAUGACUUAAUAUAAACAUAUUAAGGUUAAAUAUGUAAAUAAAAAAUGUAUGCAUUUAAAAAUCAUAAUAAAAAUGUAUAUUAAGACAUUAAAAAUCGUUAUAUCGUUAGAAAAAGUGUCGCAAUAUAUUGCAAUAUCGAUAUUUUGCCUGCCUCCACAAAUUGCACUUUUACCUUUUGAAUAAACAAACAGUGCCCCCACCCACCCACCUGGCAGUUAAGAAGCACUUUAGACAAUGCACUAUGUCAGCAGUGUUGCCAGGCGUAGGAUAAUUAUUGUAUUUGUACAAUAAUUUCACCCUCUAUACGACCCCGGGGGCCAGAUCUGGCUCACCACAUUAUAUUAUGUGGCCCACUAAAGCCUGGAAAUGAUAUGCGUCAAUAAAGUACUUGACAUAAAAAUUGCAUGUACUGCAUACAAUUGCAAAUUUUUUUUACUUUAAUACUAUACAAUAAUGUAAAUGUAUCAACAUACAUUCCAAACGUUUUGUUUGUUAGAAUAAAAGUAAGUACUCAAAUAUUUGCUUGCAUUCUGAUUUUAAAGCAAGUUAUCCCCCAAAUUGUACACUGUAAAAUGACAAUAGGUGUUAUGGCAAAAAAAUCUGUCAACUCAGUCGCCAAAAUUUUACUUUAAAACUGUGGUACGUUUUUUUUAUUUUUUUUACAGUAAAUGCUGUAAAAACCACCAAACAUUUUAUGUAAAAAUUCCAGCGACUGAGCUGCCAACAAA